AUGCUACACUCUGCUGCUAUAGCACUGGCGCUUGCCACCUCAGCCUAUGCCUGGCUUCCUAUGGAUCGAGACCUUGAUGCUUUCAACAUGACUGCACGUGUGGGAGAUMUCUCAGCUCGUUCGUUGCCAAAUUUGCCCCAGGGUGUUUCGAAAGUUCGAGGAGUCAACUUGGGUGGAUGGUUGAUUGUCGAGCCCUGGAUGGCCUGCGAAUCAUGGAAAGGCUCCCUUGGCUGCGGAAUACCCAAGGACGACUGCGGAUAUCCAGAAUCGAUGUCUAGCCCAUCCGAGUCCAAUUGCAUGCAGAAUCACUACUCCGGUGACAAGCGUGACGAGGGAAAUGACAGGUUCGAAGACCAUUGGAAGACUUGGAUCACGCCUCAAGAUAUCCAGGACAUUCACGAUGCUGGUUUGAACACCAUUCRGAUACCUGUGGGAUACUGGUUCUUCCCAUCUCUUGUCAAAAAGGGGGAAGUUUUUCCAGACGGCGACAGACAGCAUCAGUAUCUCGAUGCAGUAGUCGACAAGGCUGCUCAGUUGGGAAUGUUCGUCAUCAUCGAUUUGCAUGCUGCACCAGGUCGACAACRGUCGGACGCAUUUACCGGCCAGGACCCUAACCUCGUCCCCUUUUUCUUCCAGUCCGAUAACUUUGCCAUCGCAGAGGAGUUUCUUCGUAGGAUGACGGAGUACAUCCACAGCAAGCCAUCCUACCAGAAGGCUGUUGGCAUGCUUGAGGUUCUCAACGAGCCCGUCACCUACCGUGACAAAGGCGACCGAAUCAGAAAGACUGGCUACGACCACGGCCUGUUCGACGACUACUACCCCAACGCCCUCAAGUCCAUCCGUGACAAGGAAAAUGACAUGAACAUCUCCAAAGACCAGCGCCUUCAUGUACAGUUCAUGAGCGACAAAUGGGUACCCGGCAAUCCCAGACAGAACUCGGCCGUGGCCAACGAUCGUCGUACAGCCUUUGAUGAUCACAACUACAUCGGAUUUGGCAACACCGAUCGAAACGAUCYCAUGAGCAAAGCCUGCACCGAUGAUCGUUCUGUCGAGGGCGAAGACUUCCUGAUUACCGGAGAGUGGUCCAACAUCAACAGCGUGGACGGUGACGACAAUGGUUCAUUCUACCGCAAAUACUUUGCAGCACAGCAGCAACUAUACGAGAAGCCUGCCAAUGGCAAUAAGCCUGCCAUGCAGGGCUGGAUCUGGUGGACGUGGAAGACGGAGACGCAUAACGAAAAAUGGGAUUACUCUCUUGCUCUCAGCAAGGGCUGGAUCCCUAACGGUGCCAAGGCGCUGGAGCAGAACGUUUAUCAGGAUGUGUGCUCUGGUCAUCGUUAA